AUGGCUGUGACGUCUGCCCACAUGCUGCAGUACCUGCGCGAGGACCACAUGGAGUGGAUUAAAACGUACAUGAGCACUCGUCAAACCGGGUACAAGUCACUGCUUCGACUGCUGCAGCACUUUACAUUUCAUGAAGACCACCGCGAAAUCAACAUGGACGUUCUGUACAAUGCUGACGAGACCGACAUCAACAUGGCCAACGCUGAACGACAUUCCUACCGCCUGACUCCUCCCGAGGAAGCACUGAUCCGCCUUGAGGACGCGAUUCCAUGGGCCUUACACAGCACAAGCGACCUUAUGCCGCCCAAGACAAAGGCCAACACACACUUUCAGGAUGUUACGCACAUGGUAGCGACUGACGAUAACCCAGUUCUCAAGAUCUGGUGCGCACAGCACCAAAUCGACCUAGUCGUCAAGCAGGCCGCCGAGUGCGUCCUUGCACAUCGCGAAGCAGGAAUCGCACGUCAACGCACGCUAACGGCCAUGCUCAACCUCACAAUCGUGGACCAGGGCGAGUCUGACCACGAGAAGCACGAGUCGUUUAAGUCCAUGCGCAUCCCGUGCUACAACGACCUGAUCCCGGACGAGCAAGCCGUCGUUACCCGCGAAAUUGUCAAGUACACCAUCACGGUGAUCAGGGGCUUGAUGAGCAUCCAGGCCGAGCGUGAUGACGCCAACAAACCGCUGCAAACGGACGCGCCACCGGUGCUUCACUGCGUGUGGGUGCGCGACGUGCUGGCGCCGCACCAGAUGAGUAGAUCCACCAGCUCUAGGCGGACCACUCGGCACUCGGUGCUCAAGUGUUAUCACGACGACGAGAUUCGGCUGCAACCAUUUGUGCGACUCCUGGCCACUUGCUUGGUCAAUACCGUCGCUGUCGAGAGCAACAUCUCCAUCCUCAAAUGGGAGAUGGAUGGGAAUCGCACGGAUAUGAUGUAUCUGUCCCUGGAAGGUGUCUUCCAGGCCAAGUAG